UGCAAGAGUUAGGUGAGACUUCAAGAAAUAAUCAAUCAAAUAAAGGAAUAAAGGAUUUUUAUUUGGGACCCUUUUAAAAUUGGACUUGGUAUUAUUCAAUUUUUCUUCAUCUAUCAUCAUAAUCUUUUCCUUACAAUCCCGGAAGAGAAAGUAGCAACUCAGUGCUCACCAAGCAAACAGGUCAAACAAGAAAUUGGAAAUGAGAGGUCUAUUGUCACAUGUGGAAAAAAUUGGAGCUCAAGUGUCUACACAUGUGGAACAAAUGGGAGCUCAAGUGUCUACACAGGUGCAACAAAUUGGAGCAAUAGUGUCUACACAGCUGGAACGCCCCAAACUGAUCGAAAACGAGACAAAAACCUUACGGGAGCUAGAAGAGAGCUCCGGCUGCAACUUUCCGGGCUCCGAUCACCACCCAACCGACCGCAAAAACUGGAUUUCGGGCCUCAACCCGGACAAGGUCCACCUGAACCAGAUUGUCUGGCCCGGAACCCAUGAUUCCGCAACCAACCAGAUCGGAGUUGAGAUCAUUACUCGCCCGUUCGCUGAGUGCCAGUCUUUGUCCAUUUACGAACAACUCGUACUCGGUACCCGACUUCUCGAUGUGCGGGUCAACGAAAACCGGGAAGUCUGUCACGGGAUACUUGUAUCGUACGGCGUUGAUGUCGUGAUCAACGACAUUAAAAGGUUUAUUUCGGAAACAGAAUCCGAAAUAAUAAUUCUCGAGGUCCGAACCGAAUUUGGGCACUCUGAUCCGCCCGAAUUCGAGAAAUACUUGGAGCAACAACUUGGGGAAUACUUGAUCCAUCAAGAUGAUAAAGUAUUUGACAAGACAGUUGCUGAAAUUCUACCCAAACGAAUUAUAUGCAUCUGGAAGCCUCGUAAAUCGAACCCGCCUAAACCGGGUGGCCCGUUUUGGAGUUCGGGUUAUUUGCAAGAUAACUGGAUUGAUACCGAUUUGCCUGCGACAAAAUUCGAGAGUAAUUUAAAUUAUCUAAGUAAGCAACCGUCAGUGAAUUCACGAAAAUACUUUUACCGCGUGGAGAAUACGCUGACACCGCAAACGGAUAACAUAGUUGUGCAUGUGAAACCGGUUACAAACCGGAUCCGUUGGUGUGCAAGGUUGUUCAUUGCGCAGUGUUUUGGGAAAAAUAUUGCGGACCGGUUGCAAGUGUACUCGACGGAUUUUAUUGAUGAAGAUUUUGUCGAUGCUUGUGUUGGUCUUACGUGGGCAAGGAUCGAAGGGAAAGCUUAAGGAUAUUUCUAUGUUAAAUCGUGCAUAAAUUGUUUUAGUGAUCUGUGUUUAUAAACAACAUUCUUGUUUGUAAAAAAAUACCUUUUAUGUAAUAAGAAUGUUUUGUGUAAAAUUUGUGUUAUCUGAUUUUGUUCUUGAUGUC